AUGAAAGUGUGUUCCUUAAUCGAAACAAUUCCUGAUGCAGAGGACCCCCUGCCACUAAUGUCAAAGCAUACAAGCGAACCGCCAUACCGUCAGCCUGAAAGUCGAGAUACUUCAGCCAGAAAUGAUGCAAUAUGUCCAAGUGCUGAAACAUCUUGUCAUGACACAUCUAAAGGACCUCCUACAGGUAUAAACAACACAUACACUUCAAAAUAUGGCCAUCGAUCCUCGCAUAACUCUCAAGUUGUUCCAGAGUCGGUAUCAACUUCUCUCUUAGGACCGGGUGUCAAAGGAUUUGCAAUGUCGCCCUCAAUGUUUGAAGAAGCCCUUCGUCUACGCGCAGAGCAAGAAAGAACAGAGCAAGAGAGGUUAAAGUUAGAAGUUAUCUCUAAAACAAAGUCCUUGAUACAAUUUGCCAUUGAGAACAAUGUUCCGUCCGAGUCUUUAUCAAUAGUCAGCAUGCACAAUCAAUCAAAUCGAGCGAACCAGUCACUCCCAACGCAAGCUUUGGGACAGGUUUCCAAUAGCAACAAUUCCGCGGGGAUCAAUGAUUCAUCAGGCGCACUGUAUCUGAGAUCUCCUUACCUAACCGCUUCGCCAUUGCAAUCCUCCAGGGAAUAUGAAAACUCAAACAAUGCAAGCUCUGUCGAUCCGAUGAACUUUCGGUUCGGUGGCGCGCAAUCACGAUAUCAACUGUCAUCUCAUAAUAUUAACAACAAGCGACCUCGCUCUCCUGCAAAGAUUGGAGCAAUGGCUGUGGCUAGUUUGGCCAACCCUUUAACUCCAUUUCGUCCAGCCACCAGAACAAUACCCCUUCACCAGCGGCACUACUCAAUGCCGACAGAGAUAACUGUGUCUGACCAUAAAUCAGGGAAUCACCUGCAUGCGCAACUGAAAAAUCAGAAUAUUUCAGAUUCAACAAACCGCUUAAAAUCGCCAGAGGGUGUUAAAUCUUCAGCAAGAGUUCGUCCUAUACCGGCACAAAAUAUUCAGGCUGGUAAAGGGCCGAAUGUUUUGCAAGAUGACAUGACUCAACACCAACAAGUCAUUCAAUUCCACCACUGGAUUUCAGAAAAUCCGGGGAAAAGGCCUGCCGAGAAAUCCGAACACAAGCGCAGCAACUCAAUGUCAUUGCAAUCUCUGGCAGCAAUUCACAAAAGACACCGAUCCACUGAUAUAUCUAUGGACCUUUCGCGGGUGGGUUCAAUGCCCAAUGUUCAGCGUGAUGCUUCGUUUUGCACAUCGUCAGAAAGGACGAAGUAA